AUGCUCGCUUCUGCCGAGACUGUCGCGCCGACCGCGACCAUGACUCUCUACUUCGAUCCUCUGUGUGAUCGUGCUCCAAUUAGUAAGCCCAGUCAACGCUCGUUCAAGAAGCAUAAGGUCCUCCCGCACCCGAGAAACGAUCGACCUGAGUCCAUCUCGGCGAGUGAUGGUCGACCUUCAUCCCACUCCCUCUCGCUCGAUAACUAUCCGGUUUCGAACCUGGAUACGAGGCCAUCAACUCCGCCGCGACUCAGGAAGGGGAAUCGGAGCAUCAGGAGCAUCAGGAGCAUCGGUCCUGAUUUCCCACCAACGCCGCCGGCCCAUUCUCGAACAACUUCGUCCAGCAGCCAAUCCGCCCUGCCUUCGACUCCCACUCACGUCGCGAGCCCGGUGCACAGCGUCACCACCGUUUCUGUGAGAUCGGUUCCGGGCACUCCACCCCACCAGCGAAGCCCGCCGACGCCAGACGUGACCCCUCCGCAGCCUGAGCGUCGACCCAAGGCCUUUCGUCCGCUUCUUGCAGAUCGCAUCCCGUCCAAAGCGGCGACAGACUCCCGUACCGAAUCAUUCACGACGGCGCGGGAAAACCUCGACUCCUCGGACGAAGAAGUGAAGACAACGCCGAGACCGUUAUUAUCGUCGUCUAGAACAUCGCAGAGCACGCUGAGACGACUGAUAGAUUCGAGGCAGAGGAAAGCGCAGGACGCGGGGUCGGGGUCGGGGUCGGGGCUGGGGCUGGGACCUGAGUCAGAGGAUAACCUGACUCCGAGGACGAGACAGGAGUUUUUCACGUUCGAUGGGGACUGGGCGUCACCGGGCGAGGUUGAACAAGAAUGGGAUGAUAAUCUCAACAGGAAUGUGAUUGUGCGGAAGUGGCGAGGCCCACCCAAACCAGGCGGGCGUGGGCGGAAAGAAGAGGUCGUCGAGGAUGUGACAGUCACGCCAACCAACGCAACAAAGGCUUUGCGAGCCAUGCCCCUGCACGAACCAUCACCUGUACCUCUGGAAUCUACAAGCAAGGGCAAGCCGCGUUGGACUGCGCCGUCCGCCUCCAACUCAUCCAUGAGUACCGAUCUCAGGCGCUCUUCCCGAGUGUCAUCCAAGUCUACCGUUUCCACUGUGGUAGAGACCAUUCUUGUUGAUGUCCUUGAUGUCCCUCGACAAAGACAGAAAACGCUGCGCCACGUCAGAAAGCAAACAGCCCUCAGAGACUCUAGCUCUGAAAUAUCGCCCUCGCCCUCGAGCUCUGCGGCGACUUCUGUUCGCCUGACCGAGAGGUCCAGGCGUCCAAGAGUGCCAGGAAGAUUUGAAAGUGCGCGGUCGGACAGUCUUGCUUCUACCGGUACAGCAAACUCCAUUGCCAGCCGCAAGGCGCGCCGCGAGGUGUGGAAGAACGGUGGCAUCCCUGUCGUGGUCAUUCCUGACCGGAAAGCUUCCAUGAAAUCUACAGCUCCGCCUUCGCUACGGUCAAUGAGCAGCCACCGAUCGAGGCGCACCAACAGCCUCGGGUCGGUACCACCUUCGAGUCACAGCAGGGCGAAAGACCCGUCAUCUUAUUUCGACAGGCCGUCACGCAGAGGAAGGUCCAUGUCAGAAUCUGACGGAUCGCUUCCAGGCGAUCAGCGAACCAUAGACUACCCUCCUGUCGUACCCAUACGGACCUCUUCACUUUCUGCCCCCACCAGCCGAAAUACGUCUCGGGCUGGCUCACGAGCCGCAUCGCUGACAGCGGAGAGCCUGAAGGCGCACAACACCCUGCUGGAGCAAGAAAUCAAACCGCAACCUCCCAAGGUCACUGUGGAAUGUGCGCCUCCCGUCGAGGACAUGAGCAGUCACUCAGAUCAGAAACAGCUUCAACUGGCCGCAUCCCUGGAGUCGCACAGAGACGAGCACUCUAACCACAAGUCGCUCGUCGACCACAACGGAGACCCGUUCUUUGGCAAACGCCUAACGGCGCACAACACCCCGUUCUCCAUAGCGUCCGUCGAGACAAACGGGACGCAUUCGGCAGCCGAUAUUGCGGAAGCAAUGGCGGUGAACAUAUACCCCCACCAAAACAAAUCCGUUUUGAUGGUCCAUCACCUGUCGAAACCCGUCGAGCCUGCAAACGACUUGCUGCAGAGGGAAGGGUCUACGCAGACGGAUGAUUCCGCGGAAACGGAGAGGAUCUCAGACAACAAACCCAAAAUCAGAACUAGCAGUCCUGAUGGACUUCCCGUGACACCUCCCCAGCACCAGCGUCCGUUUUCCAUGGACGACGUGGAUUCUCCUCUUAGAAACCCGCGCUCUCCUCCUGAACCGCCUGCGAUCAAGUUCAUCCCAGCUACCCCAUCUGGCCUCACUCCCGCCGCAGAGAAGGCGAAUAUGCUUGGCAACUAUUUCGGGGAGCCCGAGAAACGGCCUUCACUGGUUCGCCGGGCCUUCAGCCUCCGCAAGAACCCCGAUAAUGCAGCUCCUCGCGGCCCCGGCUUCCUCGCCCGAACCCUGUCGCUCUCUAGGGGGAUUCGAAGGGAGACGGCCGAGAACCCGGCUUUGGAGAAGAACAAGAACGUCAUAUUGCACCAGUACCCGACAGCCGACGACCCGCCGCCUGAAGAGUCGAAACUGCAUCCUUUCUGGAGGCCCGCUUCUCAGUACGACAUGGAUGACGACGAUUUCGUGUACGACGUGGACGAUGAAGGCGGAGAGACCUACCGCUAUCCGCCCGUGGACAAUCGCCCGUCCCCUCCCCGAAGAAGCAGGAGCCUGAGCGAGCGGAUGAAGCGCACGUUCGCCAUCCUCCCAGUCGAUCACGACGACCACUACACCGAAGUCAGCCACCGCAGCCCCGAACGUCGCACCAUCAAGCGGACGCCCAGCGGCAGCCUGCGUGUGAUGCGGUACCGCGACAGCCAUAGCAGCAGCAGCAGCAUGCGAUGGAGCACUCGGUACUCCCAGGACGAACGGCCAUCCAGCGCGCCGGAACGCCGGAACCGCCGCGUAUGGGGCCUCGAGAAACGCGUCGACGACCGGGGCCGGCGCCUGUUCCCCGGCUGGCAGGAGAAGCUCGGGCAAUACCGACCGCAGAACCUGCAGCGUCGGCUGAGCGAGCAUCGCCGGCAGAAGCGGACGGAUGCGCUCCGCGGCAAGAUCAGCGGACCCCGCGAGGUUCGGGACGGGGUCGGCGAGGUCAUAAAGCGCAAUAGCUACAAGGGGCCAUCCUACCAGACGAGCUCGAAGAUACAAUCACAAUCCCCUGCGGCAGAGGAAGACGCCCACUACGACCACAACCAUUCUUCAGAGCCGCAGCGCCAGGAUAUCUUCGUCUGA